UUUGUCAAACUUAAUUUUUGUCUGCGUUAGCAUAUUGGCAACCAAAAUAAUUUUCAUCGAUGUUCAGAUAGAUUAAGCUACAACUUUUUUAAACGAGGAAAAUUUCAUUUGAAAUCAUUGUACAGACUGAAUACCUUUGUUACAUUUUUUUUGCAAACUUAAAUUUCUAAACUGAAGUUAUUUAAAAAUGGAUAUCCUUUUUAACGAUAUAAAGCACAUUUUGUCAAUACAAAUUAAACCGCGUCACGACGGAAUAUUUGAUCAAUACAGUAGAAUAUUUAUGCCGAAAAUACUGUUGCUAUCUUCAAUUGCCGUUGGAGUGAAUUGGUAUGUCGAUAAAUUGACAUGCACAAAAUCCGAAAACAUUGAGUUCUCAAGCGAAUUUAUUAACGAAGCCUGUUGGAUAAACGGUUUCUAUAUAUAUAAAAAUAUGACAAAUCGUAUGACAACAUAUUACGGCAUACCUGAAGAUAUAACAAGAGACGGUCUUAAAAAAGAUGGCAGUUUGUGCACAGUUACUAGGCGUUCAGAUUGCAUCCCUAUGGAAAAGUUGUAUUAUAUUCAGUAUCAAUGGUUUCCAUUUUUCAUUGCUUCAUUGAUGAUUUUAUAUUUUAUUCCUUAUACUGCUUUCAAGAUUGUGAACACAGAUUUGAUAUCUCUAAAAAAUGCGAUCAAAACUCAAACAAGCGAUGACGUGUUUUGCACUUAUUUCAACAAAAGUCUGAACUCAACGUUACGCGUACGUUGUAAAAUAUUUAUCAACUUUGCAAUUAAAAUUGCAUAUAUUUUUUCAAACGUCGCAACGCUUCUCUUGAUUGACUACAUCUUAAACGGAGGUUACUUAAGCUACGCACGUAACUGGUUUCGAUGGACGGAAAAAACUGGAUCCUCAAUGCUCGAUUAUUCAAAAUAUAGAAGCACAUUCCGAGCGGGAGAAAUACUACUUCCUAGCUUUGGCCUGUGUGAUAUCCAAGAGCAAUGGAUGGAUAAAACAAAUUUAAAAAACAACAAACACAAGUUUAUAUGCGAGUUUUCAGCACACGUGCUAUAUCAUUAUGUUUUAAUUUUGUUAUGGUUUUUUGUUGUUUUUGGCAUAAUCUCGUCAGCAUUAGGGCUUUUUUUUCACGCCACAACAUAUUUAUUAAUAAUUUUGCCGUUUGCAAAACAUAGCAAAAAAACUGGAUCAGUUUUAAAAGCACUUACCUUAAGAGAGCAAGAGUACUUAGAGUAUAUACACUCGCAGAAUACACCGCUUUAUGGUUUAAUUAUUAACAAAUUGCGUCAAGAGAGAUUUAAAGACAGCAGCAAUGUUUCUAUAGAAAUCUUAAAACAACAAGUACUUGAACUAAGCAACCAACUUCAUAAAAUAAAUAGAGGAUAAACUUUAUAGGUUUCAAAUCGCAGAAUAGAAGUACAGAAAAAUAAGAUGAUGUAAUGUUGAAUUACCUGUUCCUUAUUCUAUAUAAAAUAUGAGAUUGUUUUAAAAAGAUUUUUUGUAAAUAACUGUUAAACGAUUAAUUAUAAGAUAUUGUUAUUUCUUUUUAUUAUUUAUUUCUUACUUAUUUCUUAUUACUUAUUUCUUAUUACUUAUUUCUUAAGUCUUUAAUAGUUAAUUAAAUAAAUCAUUGCUAUUGUUUAUUUGUUUUAACAAAAUGUUUGUUUACUUAGAUGUUUGAUUUUAUUUGAAAUGAUUGUUGACAGUUUAACAUCAAUGUAAAAAUAAAUAAAUUGAAGUAA